GCUUGCACCACAGAACUGCAUUCAGUUGCACUUUGCUGUCCACUGGAAGCACUUGGCUUCGAGAGUUACUUGAGUAGAAAUUGAAACUUUUACCUACUAACCAUGGAAAUGAAUGGAAACGAUUUUGGACGCAGGCGCUCCGCCCGGCUCGCGAGGGACAACCGCGCCCAGCAGCGCCAGGACCAAAUCCUGUCUAGUGACGAGGAGGCGGUGCUGGAUAGGAACCAGCAGGUCCCACGCCCUAGAGCCAACGGUCUUCCGGUCGAGAAGGUUCGGGGAAGACCUCGGGGACACAACCGGGUUCCUCUCAAUGAACAACAAAGGCUGGAGCGCCACCGGGAGUUGGAGCGGGAGCGUCGCGAGGAGCUGCGGCAGCUGCGCGGGGGGCUCGCCAAGGCGCUCGGCUCCACGACGAAAACCAAACGGCUUUUCGACGAGGCCGUCGCCUUCAUCAACAACUCCAAGAAGCUUCAGGAGAAACGGGAACGAGUAUUAGGUCUACUUCGUUCCCAAAACGCCAGGCUUCGGGCUAAGUUGAAUCUCCUGAAAGCGGAGUUGGACGUGAAGGAGGGGGUCUUGCCAAUCGAGGAGGAAUCCCUUUCGAACGUCCAAGAGGUAACGGUCUCGACGGAGGCGCCUGCAAAAGGAGCUGCAACAUCGCAAGAGAACUUGUACCAUUGGGUAGUUUUUGUACCUGGGUUAGAAAAACGUAAUUCGAAAACUGAGAAAUCGUAG